AUCAAAAUGUGUAAUUGUUUUUCGAGAUUCGUUUAGAUAUAUACACACACACACACACACCCAGGUACCGUAAUAGUUUUCGGGUCCGGUCCAGUCAGAUCAUUUGUUUGAGAGCAUGCAACUCUUUGAUGGCAGUUGGUAGAUAAGAAACAUCAGCAUCAGACGUAUCCUCUUGCUAGCCAAUUGAUUGCCAUGGCCGAUCAGAAGAAGGGAGCGGAGAGUCCCAGCCCGAAGGUACCAGAGAGGGAGGUACUGGAAAAUGCGGCCACCAGCUAUGGGCUCGAGGAUCACGAGGCGACCGCUCAGGAUCCGCGGGUGAAUGAGUUGAAGAAUUCACGCUCGACGCAUUUGCGUAGGUCCUUGACGCCGUCCACGAAAAUGGGUCCUACCUCAAAGCCCGUGUCUCGGAGCCCGAGCUUUACUCGACAUACAGGGCCACGUGAAGAGCCAAAGGCAAAGGAAGCACCAGCAGCAGAACAGUCCGAACCUGAAAUUAAAAAUGCGGCGCGUAACUAUGGGUUGGAGGAUCAUAAGACUAAUCUACAAGAUUCGCGUGUUGCUAACAUGCACAAUCCCCGUCCAAAGACGCCGGUGAAUCAAAGUCGCGAUCAGUUGACGCCUAUUUUGCAGUCGACUUCAAAGACAUCCGAGCCCGUGCCGGCUAAACCCGUCAAAGAGGGCCCUCACCCGGUUACCAGCUUUAGUCCGUCAGCAGCCGCAUCCACAUCCGCCUCUCGCACUGCACCUGCUCCAGCCGCACCACCCGCUGCAGCCGCUCCACCCGUUGCAACCGUUCCACCUACUCCAUCCGCUGUAACCGCUCCACCCGUUGCAACCGUUCCACCUACUCCAUCCGCUGCAACCGCUGCACCCGUCCCACCACCAGCAGCUAAAGAGAAAAUGAAAUCGGCCUCUAAAUUCACCAAUACCGAUGUCACGUUCGAUCCGUCAAAGGAGUUCGCGUCAAAGACCACAAAUACCGCGGGUAAUCUUUACACAGAUGAUGAAGGGGCCGCACCAGCGCCAGCGCCGCCAGCACCGAUACCAGUUAAGGAGGAGAAGCCUGCAUUUGAUUUGGAUGAAUGUUAUGUUUUCGCCGUUGCAUUGGUGAGGAAGGCAGGUGCCAUCGCACUGGAAUCCAACAAGGAGCGGCUCUCGUUUACCACCAAGGAUCACGAGAAGGAUCUGAACACGCGUGCCGACACUGAGAUCGAGGAAAUGCUAACGAAGUCCAUUUUGGAAAAAUAUCCCGAGCACAAAGUCAUCGCCGAGGAGGCGGUCUCACAGACGGAAUCCCGACAGGUGACACUCACCGAUGCGCCCACCUGGAUAAUAGACCCCAUCGACGGCACCAUGAAUUUCGUUCAUCAUUUUCCCUACUAUUGCAUCUCUGUGGCGCUAAUGGUUGAUAAGCAAACCGCAUUCGGGAUUGUGUUUAAUCCACCCUUGCAGGAGUUUUAUACGGCGCGAAAGGGCAAAGGCGCUCAGCUAAAUAACGAGCCGAUGCAGACCAGCGGCCAGGAGAGCCUGAAGAGUGCCAUGAUCCUGCAGGAGUACAGCUCUGGCAUGCACGAAUCCCGCACAUCAGCAUCCAUGGAGAACGCCAAGCGGCUCAUAGGGAAGACGCAUGCCUUACGUUCAAUUGGUUCCUCAGCCAUGGGACUGGCUAUGGUUGCUUCUGGUGUGGCAGAUGGGUUCUACUUCUUCGGAUUACAUGUGUGGGAUAUGGCGGCUGGCAAUCUUCUAGUGACCGAGGCGGGCGGCACUGUCAUAGAUCCUGCUGGCGGCGAGGUGGAUAUUAUGUCACGUCGCGUACUGGCUGCUGCUACAGAACCACUUGCCAAGGCUCUGUCCAGCGAGCUCGUCCAAAACUAUCCGAAGCCACGGGAUGAUGAGAAAAGAACAGAGAGUGAACCCCUUAAAAAGGAUUUCACAGCGCAGACAGAGUUUUCUGAUACUAGUUUAUCAUUAGAUUCGGACAGUUCAACAUACAAUAAAAUUCGAUAGCCCAAGCAAAUGAACCAGCUGCUCAUCAAGAGUUUAAUUCCAUCUAAAAGCAUGUAAACCAGUAAACAUUUUGGUACACAAAUAACGGUUGUUUUCCCUUGUUUGUUUUCUCUUUAAAUUAAAAGUCGAUUACUAUCGAUAAGUUUGUAUCGCCGCACCGCUACCUCA